AAUAGAGGAAGUAAGAGUAACUCUAAUCUAAAAAAUAACGAAGAUAUGAGGAUAAGACAAGAAAAUAAUGCAAUUGCUAAAGUUGCCAGCCUUGUAGACUUUGAUGAUAGAUCGACGGACAAGAUUAAUAGGGAGAAAAAUAAACUUGAUGCUCAAAUAAGGGAAGUACAGGCUAAGAUUGACAGUACUCAGGAGAAGAUAGAUGAACAAAGGAGAAAACUCCGAGAUGCUCCUAAUGAGCAAAGAACUUCAAGCAAAGUCUCUAGCAAAAUAAAAGCUCUAGAGAAUAGAUUAGACAAAAAUUUUAAAGAUUAUAACCAAGCUGUGGCUCAUAACAAACAGUUGAGAUCUAAAAUUGAUGCCCUUCGUAAAGAACGGAUCUUAUUCGAUAAGAAUUUGAAAAAGCUAGAGAAAGAAUUGAAAGAGAAAAAGGAAGAAUGAUUUACUAAGACUAUUAAAGAUGCUGAAGAAGCUUAUAAAGCUAGAGAACAAGCAAAGAAGGAUAUGGAGACAUUACGCAAAGAAGCAGAGAAAGAGCAAUAUGAAUUCCAAGUUGAGUGGGGCAAACUUGAGAAUUUGAUUGAAAAAGACAAAAAUGGAAUUCUUGCUAACAAUAAUAAAGGUAAAGCAGCAGAUAAAAAUAAACUAUCAAGAAAAGAAAUUAACUCUAAGGAAGAAUCAAAGACCAAAACUGGAAAUGUUGAUCCUUCUUCAACCAAUAAUAUUCAAGCUCCAAAUGCGAAAGCUACUGGGAAUUCCACAGCUCAGAAUAACCAAAAGAAUUUGAAAGGAGCCACCAUAAGAGAUUAUGACGCUGGGUUUAAAUCAAUAUUUGAAGCUACUCAAAUCAACGAUAUCGACACUUUGAUUUCCCAGUUUGAGAAAGCAGAGAACAACAAUUAUUCUCUUUUAAAAUAUGCCGAAUCUCUUUCUUCAGAUAUAAAAGACUUAGAUGGUGAGAUAAAGACCGUAGAAUCUGAAAUUGCUAAAUAUGAAGAAGACACCUCUCCUGGUGAUGAGAACAAUAGGGAAAAACAGUUUGAAAAAUUUAAUGAUGAGCUUGAGAAGACAGAGAUGGAAACAAAAGAAUACGAAGAAGAGUAUCAAAAUACUGUUAAAACUAUCAACCAACUGAAAAUUGGCAUCAAAUCCAUAUUUGAUAGGAUAGGAUGAAAUACAGAGUCUGUGCAAGAAAUUGUUGGAACUCAUGGGGUUACUGAAAGUAAUAUGAUGCAAUACUUGGAUGUUAUUGAGCAAAGAACCAAUGAGAUCUUGCAAAUGUACUCUGCUUGACAGGUUAAAGGGCCUUUUGAUAAUGGUGGAAUCAAAGAUAUAAAACCUCAGCAAUCCCAGCCUAGAGAAAGAAUAGAUAUUGAUCCUCCUUUAAGCGAUCAAAAUAAUCUUGAUUUCAAAGAUAUCGACGCUGCCCCUGAUGCUAUAAGCGCGAGUGUUUUGAGACAAAAAGCAAGUGAAUAUGUGAAAGACAAUAUGAACAAAUUCGUUAAAAAAUCAAAGAAAAGCCAGAAAUAA